AUGGAGGAGUUGCGUCAAAUUGCAUUUGCAUAUUACAAGGAUGUACCGGAGCACAUGAAGAUGUGGGUGCAAGAGUUCUUGUCGGAAAUCGACAAGGAUGGGAACGAAAAAGUGAGCCUGCAAGAGUUCUUGGCAUACAUGGGCAUGCAUGAAGAUUCGAAGCAUCUCUGUACCCCAAGUUUCUUCGAUGAGCUAAAGCAGGAAGGCAGGGAAGAGUUAGAGUUCAUGGACUUGCUGGCUCUCUUCUACAUUGUUUCCACUGGAAGGCCAUUCUGCAAUGGCCACUGCAAAAACUUCAUAAAGGGAGGGUAUUUCACUUGCGUCCAAUGCUUUUACCAUUCCCCCAAAACCUUCGAUCUUUGCCCCGUUUGUUACCUCGACGGCAAGUAUGUCCAUGGCCACAAAAACUUCCUUGAUAACUUCCUAGUGCUAAAAACCAAGAGGACAGUGGGAGAUAAUUUGAACCAGGACCAGCAUGGAGAAGCAUCAAGCAUAACUAGUAAGGCAAAGGCACCAGAGUCUGGCACUGGCAGUACACCAGCAGAGACAAUCAAUGCACUGGUUCCCGUGAAUCCAAGGCCUAAUGAUACAAGAGCAAGGAGGAAAGCGUUGAAAGCGAUAGAGAUUCUGCUCGCACUGGGAAAUAUCUUUGUUGCUUCCAGUCAGUGUACCAUUAUGUGA